CUUAAUGCCAAGUUGGUUUCUGUGUUACCACUGGGCUUGAUCCGUCGGCCAAGCACGGAUUUGACGUGGGGUGCGUGGCGGUAUCGUCGGCGCAUCCGACUAACUUGUCUCACGCCGCGUAGCUUUCUAUGUCUAGCAGAUUAUCUCCCAUCAUCUACCAACGUUACUUGGCAACAUCUAUAAUUUUGCCAUGACGGAUUUCAAUUCCAUCGGAAUUAACUGAAUGAUCUGAGUGGACCAGGGCGGUUUUUCUUAAGUGGUGUAUGCAUUGGAUAGUUCCGUAACAUCGUGCCCCGUCGUACAUGGUUGUCAUGAUCAGCCAUUCUUGCGUGAUCGCGCCCCUCUCACAAAGGGAAGGAGAUUUUAUCUGGACAGUCUAUUAACCACUCAAUUCGACUGUUUAUCUAUCGUUACCCUACCAUCCGGAUCCAACCACACGGAUUCGGUGGUUCAAUUCAUUUUCCUUGCAUUCGGUCUAGAAGCUUUCUCAGCUGGCUUUUAAAACCCGAUUGUAUCCUCGGUAGCUCCCUCGUCAUAAAGCUCUCGAGCCUACUACUGCGAUAAGCGCGACUUGGUUCUAUCGAUUUUUAUUAGUACCAAUCUGUUCCAGUUAUGCAGCGCUAGUGACGAUAUUUUCGAUCGGAAAAACUGAGCUUCUGUGACUAUGGGGAUUCCGAAAUUUUGGUCGCGAUCCGCUGGCACCGAGGUCUCAACAGCCGAUGUCAAUCCUUCUAGCUCGGAUGUCUCUGUUAUCCAUGAUGGCGAUCUCGCCUAUACUAUCGAAAAAGCUCAAAAUGGAUCAAAGCCAUCAUACCAAGAGGCUGCGGGCGCCCCUGUGGAAUCUAAGUCGCCCCUUGGUUACGAUGUCGGUUUCCUGACUGUCAUAUUCCUUAAUCUCAAUCAAAUGAUCGGUACCGGCGUUUUCUCAACGCCUGGAACGAUUCUGGGGAGUACUGGUUCUGUUGGACUCGCUCUCAUCUAUUGGACCAUUGGCCUUCUAUUAGCACUCGCAGGAUUUAGCGUAUACCUCGAGCUGGCUUCUUUCUUCCCAAAUAGGAGUGGGUCCGAGGUCGUUUACCUUGAGCAAGCGUAUCCUAGGCCAAAGCAUUUCUUCCCAAUUACCUUCGCCUUCUACACCGUCGUCAUUUCUUUUUCAAGUAGUAAUGCCAUUGUCCUAUCGCGAUAUCUAUACCAGAGUGCUGGCGUUACACCGACGGAUUGGCAGUUGAAGGGUGUUGCGAUUGCAGCUUAUACUGUUGCAAGCUUGUGUGUGAUCGUCCACAAUAAGUACUCGCUCUGGUUAAUGAAUAUUCUCGGUGUCCUCAAGAUCGGGACUCUCGUCUUUAUUAGUAUCGCGGGUCUCGUCGUACUGGGAGGAAAUGUGUCCCAUAUUCCGGAUCCAGGAGCCAACUUUCGUAAUGCUUUCGAGGGCACAACGAACAAUGGCAACGAUUUAUCAGUCGCUUUGGUCAAUAUCAUAUUCACGUAUACAGGCUUCGCAAAUGCCUUUAAUGUGGUCAACGAAAUCAAAAAUCCGAUCCCAACGCUGAAGAAGAACGGUAACCUCUCGAUUAUUAUCGUUGGCAUUCUUUACAUGCUCUGCAACAUUGCGUACUUUGCUGCAGUACCUAAAGAGGAGUUUGCCCAGUCAAAGGAGACAGCAGCGGGCCUUUUCUUCGUGACUGUGUUUGGAAAAGGGCAUGCCGAGAAGGCCUUAAGUGUAUUAGUACUGCUAAGUGCCUUUGGGAAUCUACUCGCGGUAUUGAUCGGUCAAUCGAGACUAAUCCGCGAAGUGGGAAGGCAAGGUGUAUUACCAUUUACCAAGAUCUGGGUUUCUACGAAACCAUUUGGUACUCCCCUAGUACCAUACGCGUUAAAAUGGUUGACGACAUUCAUUAUGAUCGUAGCACCACCCCUUGGUGAUGCAUUCCAGUUCGUAAUCUCGCUAGGAACAUACCCAGAUGGAAUUUAUCAUCUAGCACUAGCUAUAGGCCUCUAUCUAGUGAGAUAUCGGCACGCGCGCCUUAAUCGACCCGCACCGGAAUUCAGGACGUGGCACAUUGCGCUUAUAUUCUACAUUCUCCUACAAGUUUACGUUAUCGCAACACCGUGGAUUCCACCGAAGGGCGGCCCGUAUGCUGGCGAUGUUUCAUUCUGGUAUGCUACGUACUGUGUCGUGGGUAUUGGUAUUGUUAUCUUAGGCGCCAUUUACUAUGCUGCAUGGGUAUACGUACUACCGAAAUGGGGUGGAUACAGGUUACGACCGGAGGUAGUGAGUGAAGAUGGCGCGACGGCACAUAGGUUAACCAAGGUGCCUGUGAAUGAAUUGGAACGAUGGGAUGAAGAGCACGACGAGGCUGGUCGUCUAAGACGAAGGCACGUUGCCAACUCAGCAAGGUCUUCAAAUGGCGAAGGUAACGAUCAGGAGCCGAAGACAGUCUAGAGUCAAUACUCUUAGAUCUUGACGUCGUUGCUCAGGAGGGGUAUCACGUGCCCUUGAAACUUGAUGAUGUAAUCCAGUCAUAUAGCCAUUACAUAAUUGAAGCUGAGACGUACCGAGGUA